CCUGAGAUAGUAAAUGAUUUUAUCCAUUCAAUUAGUGGGAUUUAAUAUGGAAACUGUGUAGGAAAUUAAAAAAAAAAAAAGAAAAAGCAUGAUGAGGCCAAGAAUCCUGACCUGGUUAUGAGCUGAUCAGUGGAGUGACAGCUGAGGCUUUGCUCUGUUUAUCUUAAAGGGGUUUUAUUUCUCAAUUCCCGGGUGCGUGGAGCCAGCAGCACAGCGGGAUAAUCACACAGCACCGGGAAUGCAGGACCCAUUAAUGAGCACCUGGCACUGGCAGCUGAUGGGGAGGACGCCGAGCUCCUGAUAAGAGUCUCAGCCUCGGGGAUCCCUCCAGCACAGCUCAGCGCUUGGGAGGCGUUUGCAGAGGAGGAUUUUUACUGCUCUGUCAGAGGAGCAAACGAGGAGCAGAAAAGCAGCUAAAUCCACAUCGAGACAAUUGUUCCUUGGGAACCAACCAUUACCUAAGGGAUGAUUUUUGAUGCAGGAUUUUCAUUAAAAAGCAUAAAUCACCUGCAGCUCCAGAGGGGUCCUAAGGCAAAAGCCUUUGUGGGAACUGGGGAACAAAAGGUUUCCUGGGAUUUAUGCAGAUGGAGCUUUGUGCAGCGGGGCUGAACACGGGGACCUGCACUGGCCCUGUGAAGUGUGUCCCCAGCCAGGUGUGGCCCUGCCCCAUGUCUCCCUUCCAGGAGUGCUGCCUGCCAGGGUUGCAGUGCCCCGAGCCCUUUGCUGUGACCUGCAAUGAGACCUGUGUGAUCCAGUACCCCGACACCGUGGUGGACAUCGUGGAGCCCCACCAGCCCCCCUACUCCCUGAUCUACCCCGGGCCCAGGCUCACCACCUUCCCCCAGCACACCAUCGUGGGAUCCACCAUCCUGGACGUCAGGAGCUUCCUUGGAGCCAGGGGAGCCCUGGGGUUUAGGGAACUUGCAGGCCAACCCAAACCCACCACGGAUAUCUGUGGAUAGACUGAAAAGCAGGACUGAGCACUAAAGAGCCCGACUAAGUUUAUGGAUAAUGGAUUAGAGAAGUGCUGAGCUCCCGAGGUUCCCAGUGGAGUCAAUAAAUCCAUGGCUUCCUGGCACUAGACCUGCCCGAGGACUAGAAUUUCCAAACUCCAAGAAACUGAAAUUUCACCACUGACCUGGUUCAAAAUUAGGAUGAAAUAAACCCCCGAAUUUUCCGAGAAACCAGAUUUUCUAAAAAAAAAAAAAAUCUUUAUUUUUUUUCUUGGUUUGGUAAAACUGUGUGUCAAUAAAUUCAUUUUUAUGCCAACAUUGAUGUUCUAUUAUCAAUUUAUCUCCAA